AUGGAGGCUCCACCAGUCAUCAUUACCAUCGCCGCUCAUGGCCAUAGCAGGCUCCUAUAUAUGUUUCACUUAGUACCUCAAUUUUUACAGUUCUCAUCUCUGAAUAUCAUAAAGGCAAUGGAGAAAAGUGUGCCUCUGCGGCUUGAGAACAUUGAAGAAGAUGAGUGGUCUGAAGGUCUGAACUUUGCUUCAUUGCGGCCGCCAGAAACUCCAAUAGAGACGAUGGAGUUUUUGGCGAGGUCUUGGAGCCUUUCUGCUACUGAGCUGUCAACAGCUCUCGGAAACAUAUUUGCUCCAGCUCGAGGGUUUCAGAACCAUGGAGCAGAUGCCGGAGAGAAAGAUGACAAGAAGGUUGUGGAGUCGGCGUUAGAGUCCAGUCCACCUUUCUCUUCAAUGGAGAAUGAGAGUUUAAAGUUCCUCAGAGUAUCCCCACGAUCGAAGACAAUGGUAGGAUGGCUGAAAGAUCAUAAACAGAGAAGACGGGUCGAAGUCAGAUCAAAAAGCGCACAAAUCUACGCAGCCACUUCAGUCGCAGGAGUAGCUGCAGCAGUUGCGUCCACAACCGCAGGCUCCAUCUUCACUCCCGAAUCACUUUCAUCCAAAUCAAACACCUCCUGCAAAACAAGUACAGCCAUAGCCUCCGCAGCAGCCUUAGUAGCUUCCCACUGCGUCGACAUGGCUCAAUCCAUUGGCGCUACUCGCGAGCAGAUUUUAGCCGUCAUUCGCUCUGCUGUAAACGCACAAACAACUGGUGAUAUAAUGGCGUUGACAGCAGGUGCUGCUACAGCAUUGAGAGCGGCAGCUAUAUUGAGUGCAAGGUUGCAGAAGGAGUCAAAUGGAACGUUGUUUGGAAGAGAGCAUGGUGGAGCAGAGGGCUGUUUAUCAGCUCAGGAUUUUGUUUCCAGAGGAGGAGAGCUUCUCAAGAGGACAAGAAAAGGUGAUCUUCACUGGAAACAAGUUUGUGUGUACAUCAAUUCAAACUGGAAGGUGGUUCUGAAAAUGAAGAGCACACACAUGGCCGGGACAUUUGUGAAAAAGAAGGGUUUAGUUGUGGAAGUUUGUUCAGAUAUCCAAGCAUGGCCAGGAAGGGAAGUUGAUGGAGGCAGUGUGAAGGGCUAUUUUGGAAUCAGAACUCCAGAGAGAUUGUUUGAAUUUGAAUGCAAAAACAAAUGUGAGAAACAGUUGUGGGUUAACGGCAUACAGCAGAUCCUCAAAUUUCGUGCUACUAUGAAUGCUGCUAUGUCUGUGUGAAUGAUUUGCAUAGUUAUGAAGAUGUUUUUGUGUGGCCUGGAGUGUAUGUUAAUGUUAUUAAG